UAAGACGUGAAAAACCUCGUGAUUGACCGAAUGUCAGGAAAUGUCUCGGGUGCUGCACCUGCUCCGAUGAAUCCAGAGUUAGAAUCGCACAAACCGAGAAGUACUGCAUUUUCCUAAACGCAAGUGAAGCUAGAAGAUCUCUAAGCAAAGAACAAGCUAAAGAUCACGCAGAGAAGCGGGAAAUUAAGGUUCACGUCUGGCACAGGAUCAAUUGAACAUUCUGAAACAGAAUGUCGAGGAUGACUUAUUCAAGAAGCUUGGCUGCAUCCGUCUGCGCGUUGUUGAUUUCUCUAAAGCUGAAACCACUACAGGCGACAGACUGCAAAACGCGACAUUCCGAAUUCGCCUACUCAUUGGAUGAUUCCUACCAAUCAGAGCUCGCCAGCAAUUACCCACAAUGCAUUACGCGAUGCCUAUGGGAUACUAACUGCGAGAGUGUGACCUAUGACCUUAUAUGGAAGGCGUGUAAGCUGAGCAACCAGACCAGAUGGACGCGGCCUUCCCUGUUCACUCUCAAGGAGAAUCACAUCUACAUGGAAAUGCUGCGCGCUAAUGUCCCACUGCUUGUGGAAGAGGGGGGGUCGUCGAGUAAUUAUGCUAAUUAUUGUUCUAGUAGACGAGAGGGGGAUUACCGCCAUCCUGAGGAUUGUAGCAAGUAUAUCACGUGUGCGGCAGGGGGGUACACCCAUAUAAGGGAUUGUGGGUCGAACAUGAGGUACAACCCUAUCUCGAAAGUCUGCGAUUUUCCCAACAAUGUCAACUGCCACUAAAAAUGCCGUUAAGUUCUUAAAGUCCAUAUAACCUUUCAGAGU